CAGCGCCCCGGUUGUGGCGGCCUGCACCCCCAGCCGGCUCCCCCUCAACCCGAGCUGGGCCCGGGCCCCUUCCCUGCUCCCAGCCGGCACCAAGUCGCGCACCUCCUCCCCAGACCCCGCGUCUGGUCACAGGGGGUUUCCUCUUCCCCGAACUGGGAGGGUUUCCUCUUCCCCGAACUGGCACCGGGGUGGACGUCCCCACCCUCAAACCAGUGCCGGUUCCAGAUCCCUCACCCUUUUUUCUCCUGUUUUCUCCUUCCUGAUCCCAGAGCGUUCCCUUUAGGUUACACUAAGGGUCCCAAGGAACUAGCAUGGGGUCGGUGCUAAUACUGAAAUGGCUCCAGACAGAAGCGGGCUGUCUUCAUGGCCAGGCAAGGGUCCCCCACAGCCACCGCACCCAAGGCCUGCCCCCAGACAGCCUCUGCCCUCCUCCCCUUGGGAAGCAAACAAGGGCUGAGCCCCCCAGCCCUGUGCUGCAGCAGUAACCAGCCCUGGGCUGCACUCCCAGCUCCAGAAAGGGAAGCCUGGACCCCAUUUUCCCUCGAGGAGGCUGUCCUACCCUUUCCUGUCUCUUUUCUGCAACUGUGGGGACCUCCUGACCUGGGACUAAACGUGCUGAGGGGAAGAGAGAGCAAAGUGUGCUGUGCUGAACCAUGUGGUCUGCGCUGGAAUCCCAGAUCCAAGGCCAUCUCCGAGCAUUAGAAAGAUGGUGUUUUGUAAAAUGUUAUGUCUUUUCCCCUUUUCUGCCCAGGGAGGCCCUUGGAGAAGAUGGGGAGCUGAAGGUGGCUCAGGUGGAGGAAGAGCAGAGAAGGAGCCACAAGCAGAUUGAAGAGAGCAGGCAGAGGCUGGCCAAGCUGCUUUUUGAUGGCACGCAGAUGGUGACAAAUAUCCAGGUGGCUGCUGACUUGAGAGAAACGCAAAGGAGGGCGGAGGAGGCAGAGCUGAAGUUACAGAGGGUGGAGAAGCUGGAGAAUGAAGCCAAGUCUAGCACAUACAAGUUUGAGGAGAUCACCUCCAAGUGGGCCUUGGCCAAGGAGAUGACGAUCCCACAGGAGCUGUGGCAGCUGCUGAACCAACAGCAGCAGCAGUGCACGCUGCUUCUGGAGGAGAAGAACAAGCUCAUCGGUGAACUGCAGCAGGAGCUGAAAAACAAAGAUGAACGAUACGUGUGGGCCAUUAAGAAGCAGUCGGAUGAUAUUCACUUGCUUUUGGAGAGAAUGGAGGAACAGAUCAGGCUCAUGCUGAAAAAUUACCGUCAUGAACUCCUGCAGAUUGAGAAAGCUUUUGAGCUUGAACGGCGAGAGCUGCUGGACAACAACAGGAAGAAAUGGGAGGAAGCCAUCCAGGCCCACAACGCGCAGGAGCUGGAAUACCUGCAUGCCCGUAUGAGGAAGGUGGAAGAGUUUGAGAAACAGCUGAAUCAGCUGCGUGUGCAGGAUGAGGAGGAGUAUAACAGCAUGAAGAUUGAGCUGGAGAACGAUGUGCAGAACCUGGAGAGGCAGCUCCAGCAUAUGAAAGCUGUCUAUCAGCUGAACCAGGAGAAGCUGGAGUACAACCUUCAGGUGCUUAGGAAACAGGAUGAGGAGAACACCAUCAUCAGAUCCCAGCAGAAAAGGAAGCUCAACCGGCACUUUGCUAUCAGCGACGCUGAGAAAUUCACGGAGGUCUGGCUUAUGAACGAGGAGGAAGCCAAAGGGCUGAUGCGGAAAGCCCUCGAUGCAGAUCGUGUCAUUCACACUCAGCAACUGGGACUGCCCUGGGAAGAGCCUCGUUACUGGUUCCUGAAUAACGUUGGCCCCCUCGGGCAUUACAAGGUGAAGAGGAUGGCAACCAAGCUGGCUGCAGAGGUCCUGACAGAGAGCAGCUCUGGGGGACAGGAGGAGGAAGGGAGAGAGAAGGAGAAGGAAGAAGUGGGCAGCGGAGAAGGAGGGAAAGAAAACACAGCGAAGGUUGAGGGUAGAGUCACACCCCUGCGAAAUAUCUCCAAGACGACUGCCAAGAGGAUCCUGGAGCUCAUCAGUGACGAGUCGGGUUUCCUCAUUGAGAGCAAGCUGCUGAGGUCCCUGCAGGCACUGGGGAGGCACGAGCGUACCCUCGUGAAGCUCGACUCCAUCUUUGCGGCCCUCGAGAUCGACAGUGAGGAUGACCUGUACCAGCUGGUGGAUUUUUUCUUGAAGUACAAAGCCCAGGAGAUGGCUGUCAGCCAGAGCCAGGGCAGCCCAGGUGCAGAAGAUGUCACGGAUCUAGCUGAGGACAGAGAGGACAGUGGAUCCGGUGCCCAGAGGAACAAGCUCAAAUCCCCUCGGAGCUCGCUGGGCUCCCUUCCAUCUGUGCACAUCCAUGCUGAUGAUGUCCUGAAGAUCCUGAAAGCGUUUGUGCGGGGUUUUGACAAGCUGAGGGAGAAGGACAGAUCAGCAAAGGAGGUGCUACAGGUACGGGACAGCUCCAAGGACGGGGAGUACUGGGAAGCCCUGGCACACGUUAUCCCCGAGCCGACGUUGAAGCUGUGGGAUGCGCUGGCGGUGGCACUGGAGGAAUAUUACGAGAUCCUCACGCGGAGAGCCAGCCUGCUCGCCGAAGCGGCCCUCCUGCAGCAGCAGAACUCGGAGCUGUGCCUGCUGCUGGAGGAGUACAUCAGCUCCGGGGUGAACAGCAAGCUGCUCUCCCCUCCCACGAAGUGGAUGGACCUGAACCUGUCCUGCCCCGGGGAAGCGCAGUGGGUCCCCAGGGCCAGGGCACAACUUUUCUCUGCCCCGAGCUGAAGCUGUGGCUGGAGCCAGGGCUUUCUGGCAGGGACUAAUAAACCGUCCCCAAACCUGA